CUCAUGCUUCAUUUUAAUUGCAGACGCCAUAUCUGCGUGCAACAGCGUACCAUCACCAUGCCCGUGAAGACAACUGAAGUCUACGCUAGACCAAUCUGGAAGCAUGUGAAUACGCCAUGCAGCGCUGUUCAGGUGCAGACACAGAACCCAAACCAGAUGUGCACGAGGGUACAGCUUGUCCACGAGCAGGCCUUUCGGGAUGUAAUACGCCACAAAUCAGCGCAACAGGUCACAUACGAUUGCUGCAACGGUUGGGAGCGUGAACUGCCACAGUCGGACUCUUGCCUAAAACCGGUUUGCACAAAUCCUUGCCAAAAUGGGGGCACCUGCACAGCUCCUGAUGUCUGCAGUUGCUCACUGGGGUUCACAGGGCAGUUCUGCGAGCACGAUGUAAAUGAGUGCGAAGAGGAGAAACCCUGCGACCAGACGUGCAUCAACACAGUUGGCUCAUACUUUUGCAAAUGCCGUGAAGGUUUCGUUCUACAACCGGAUCAACAAAGCUGCAAAAAAAAUGGCAUUGAAGAUGAUGAUGCUUUCGAAGCGCGUGAUCUGGAAAACGAAAUCGAGUCGAGCGAUAAUGAAGACAUGAGUGCACGUCUUCAAAAAAUAGAGCGCUCCUUAGCCAAUGAGCGGGUGCACACGAACGAAUUGCAGAAGUCAUUGCAAGCGACUUAUAACGUUGUGGAUACCCUGAAAACUCGCCUAAGCACAAUUGAAAAACAGCAACAGGACAUAAAUCGACUGCAGUCUAAUCUUUAUGCGACAGAGUCGCGCACUAAUAGACUUGAGGGCAUGUUAAAUAUGUUAAUGAAGUGUCGAAAUGGACCAAACGCCUACUGUCCGUAGAAUGAAUACAUAUACUCUACGUACUACUUAAGUGCUCGUACGUAUGUGCAUAUGUAUGUAUGUACAUAUUACCUUAAGUAAAAAGAACUGUAUUGUUAAAUAAUUAAGCUAGCUGUACUGUAUUUUUAAGGCUAUGUUCAUAUUAGAAUUGCUUGUAAUUAUAAAGUUUUCGUUCGCGACCCAACCCAAUGUAUUUACCGACUUGCCAUACCUUUCUAUUUAAGCGGGUAUUAUUAGUAAUGUGAUGCCAUUUUAUGUUUACUUUAUGAACCAGAGUACAGUCUAAUUCUGCACUGGCUUAGAAAAAACUUAACUGCUUUAACCGUGAUUGAUAACACUGGUUUACACCAAAAGUGUUCAAUAGAUGCCACUAUCCAAUUUCUAAGUAGAAUGGCU